AUGGCUGCUCAAUCAGUCUUGAUGUCACCUCCAGUGUUUAAUGGGGAACAUUAUCAUAUAUGGGUUGUAAAGAUGAAAGUUUUUCUCUGGGGUCAAGGGCUGUGGCAGUAUGUGGAACAAAACAUGCAGCCACCACCGUUGGGACCAAAUCCUACUCUGAAUCAGACGCGAAUGCAUGAGGAAGAAGCUGCCAAAGCACCGAGAGCCUUAUCCCACAUCCAUGCUGCUGUAACAGACCUUGUAUUCACAAGGAUUAUGACAUAUGAAACUCCAAAUGAGGCAUGGGACAAGUUGAGAGAGGAAUAUAUGGGAAGCAACACAACAAGGAACAUGCAGGUGCUAAAUUUCAGAAGAGAGUUUGAGAUGCAGAGGAUGCAAGAAUCAGAGAAGGUUAAGGAUUAUGUUGAUAGGUUGAUGAGUGUUGUCAACAAAAUAAGGCUGCUGGGAGUGGAGUUAACAAAUAGGAGAGUGGUGGAGAAAGUCUUGGUUACUCUUACAGAGCUGGUUCAUGCGCUACAAGCACAAGAGCAAAGAAAGCUCUUGAGGCAAGAAGAUGUAGGUGAGGGUGCAAUGAUGGCAACUCACAAAAGCAAACCAAUUCAAGGGAACAAUAUGAGAUAUGCCGGUGAUAAAAAGGGGAAAGAAAUGAGCAAUGGUCAAUGGGGAAAACCAGGUGGGAUGAAGGAAUAUCCACCUUGCUCUCACUGUAAAAGGAAGGGGCAUUCUUAG